AUGAUAAAGUUAUUGACCGAUUUAAAGAAAAAAUGGAAAAAUAUAAAAUAUCACUAUAGAAAGGAAUUAAAAAAAAAUCCAACUCCUAGAUCAGGAGAUGCCGGAAAUGUUAAUCAACCCUCGAAUUGGCAAUAUUUUUCUCAAUUGAGGUUUUUGCGUGAUGAAGUUGUACCAAAUAUUACUGAGGGUAUGUUAAGCAGUACUGAAUUAAGUAAUCAGAUAAGUAACGAUUCUUUUGAGAUAGAAGACAUCUCUGAAGAAAGCUCUCAAGAAAAUACAACCGGUCAUGAUGAAGAAUCUUCUAUUUAUCCACAACAAACUUCUACAUCCUCACAAGAGGCUCCUGUUUCUUCUCUAGAAGCUUCUACAUCAUCGCAAGAAACUUCUACGCCGUCAAGAGAAGCGUCUACUUCACAACGAUCAAGAAAAAAGAAAACAGCGAAUGACAUAAGAACUGAAUUUUUAGAAUUGGAAAGGAAAAGGAUAAGACUGCUGGAAAAUGAUUUAUCAAAUCAAAAUAGAAACGAGGCUUCUAGACAUGAGAAUAAGUCAGAAGACUACUACUUUUUUAUGAGUUUGCUUCCACAAAUGGAAAAAUUCACACCAGUACAAAAGUUUAGAGUAAGACAAAAAAUUAAUCAAGCUCUUCUAGAUGAGUUAAGUGUAAAUGAAAGCAUGUACCCUUCUAAUGAAUCAUAUAUGUAUGGGUAUAGUACUCAACACUAGGUAUAUCAAUCUUAUAAUGAAAAUACUGUCAAUAAAUAACAAAACUGUGAUUCAAAUAACUAAUCAUCGUACAAAUGAGAACUGUGAUUUUAGAGAUAAAUGACUGUAGGUAACUGUGAUUUUUUUAGUUAUAAGAUUAGAAUAUGAGUGGAAUAAUACUGAACACUAGGUAUGUCAACCUUAUAAUAAAAAUACUGUCAAUGAGUAAGAAAACUGUGAUUUUAAAAAUAAAUGACAAACUGUUAUGUUACUUAUUUCAUACGAAACGUUUUUAUA